CUCCGGAGCCGUCUGAUCCUUUUAGCUUGGGGUCUUGACCGUCCAUUUUGGCGCCUUGCCUCAUACGAUACACGUCUUGCUACAGAGCUUUGGAGCUUGGCCGGCUUUGUCUCAAGCAAUCGGGAUCCCCUGUCAACUGGUUUGCGCACUAAAAAAGUAUACUCUAUAUAUUAUUUGUCGAAAUCACAACAGCCAUUCUCUGAGUUCUAGCAAGCUUCACAAUCGUCUUCUCAGAGCUUAUUGAGUAAUGGCGGCUUCAAUGCAGUUCUACGGAGUUCAAACACCAGAACUUGCCUUAAACUCAAAAGCGAUUGAGUUUGGCUCAAAGGGGCUGAAUUUCUCAGCACUCGUGUCCUCUGCUCGUGUAUUCUCUAGAAACGUAGAUCAUGCUUGUAAGAACAUCGCUCUGAGAGUUACUUGUGAAGCCGGAAGAGUGGAGCUGCUAGAAAGAAAAAGCUCGGAGACUUUCAAGUUAAACAGAACUGAGAAAAAAAUGACCUGUGUAAUGAAAUUUGGUGGCUCAUCAGUGGCAUCAGCAGAAAGGAUGAAACAAGUUGCCAAACUCAUACUCAGCUUCCCAGACGAGAAGCCUGUUGUUGUGCUAUCAGCAAUGGCGAAGACCACCAAUAAGCUUUUGAUGGCUGGAGAGAAGGCUGUUUGUUGCGGUGUCACCAACGUUGACACUAUUGAAGAGUUGAGCUAUAUAAAGGAACUCCAUAUAAGGACUGCUCAUGAGCUGGGAGUGGAAACAGCAGUUAUUGCAGAACACUUAGAAGGACUGGAACAGCUUCUGAAAGGCAUCGCAAUGAUGAAAGAAUUAACUUUACGCUCAAGAGAUUACUUGGUUUCAUUUGGAGAAUGCAUGUCCACAAGGCUAUUUGCUGCGUACUUGAACAAAAUUGGGCACAAAGCACGACAGUAUGAUGCAUUUGAGAUUGGGAUUAUCACCACAGAUGACUUCACUAAUGCUGAUAUUCUUGAGGCAACAUACCCGGCGGUUUCAAAAAAGUUACUUGGUGACUGGAGCAAGGAAAAUGCAGUCCCCAUUGUCACAGGCUUCCUUGGAAAGGGAUGGAGAUCUUGUGCUGUAACUACGCUUGGUAGAGGAGGUAGCGAUUUGACUGCAACAACGAUCGGGAAGGCUUUAGGUUUGCGGGAGAUCCAGGUUUGGAAAGAUGUGGAUGGAGUUUUGACUUGUGAUCCAAACAUUUACUGCGGAGCUCAACCUGUUCCACACUUGACAUUUGAUGAGGCUGCUGAACUUGCUUACUUUGGUGCCCAGGUGUUGCAUCCACUUUCCAUGCGCCCAGCAAGAGAAGGUAACAUUCCUGUAAGGGUUAAGAACUCUUACAAUCCCACUGCUCCAGGAACUGUCAUCACCAGAUCAAGAGACAUGAGCAAGGCUGUAUUGACCAGCAUCGUUCUGAAACGUAAUGUUACCAUGUUAGACAUCACUAGCACCCGUAUGCUCGGCCAAUAUGGUUUCCUUGCCAAGGUGUUUUCCACAUUUGAAAAGUUGGGCAUAUCUGUGGAUGUUGUUGCAACCAGCGAAGUUAGCAUUUCUUUGACAUUGGAUCCUUCAAAGUUCUGUAGCAGAGAAUUAAUUCAACAGGAGCUUGAUCAGGUGGUGGAGGAACUUGAGAAGAUUGCUAUUGUAAAUCUGCUUCGACACAGAUCAAUCAUCUCUCUCAUCGGAAAUGUUCAGAGAUCAUCAUUCAUAUUAGAGAAGGGCUUCCGAGUUCUUCGAACCAAUGGGAUUAAUGUCCAGAUGAUCUCCCAAGGAGCAUCUAAGGUAAACAUCUCACUGAUAGUGAAUGACGAUGAGGCGGAGCAUUGUGUGAAGGCUCUCCACUCGGCCUUCUUUGAGACAGGCACUUGUGAAGCAGUGUCAGAACGCCCGACUGGCUACAUCGCUGCCUCUUCGCGAAACCUCUAGGUGCAACCUGCAAGGUCUGAAAGUACUAGUUUGAUGUUAUGAUUCUGGUCAGACUGGUAUUAGGAAACAAAACUCCCAUUCUCCUUGUGUAAUAUAAUGUAAUCUCAUGGGAGAUGUACUGGAAAAUCAAUAAGUUUUCCUAUUUGAAUAUAUGAUUUAGGACUGU